AUGUCACGCUACGGCAUAACCUCUCUAAAAUAUUUAGAACCCCAGACAUUGAAAGCCUGGAUCGAUGCCAGUCGUUCUGACCACGGGAAAUUUGCCAUAGUGGACGUCCGAGACGAUGACUUUGCCGGGGGCCACAUCAUAAAUUGUCACCACUAUCCAUCGAGAAUCUUUGAAACAAAAGUCCAUGAUGUUAUCGAGGAAGUUAGAGGGUGUCAGGACAUAGUGUUUCACUGUGCUUUAUCGCAACAAAGAGGUCCUUCAGCAGCACUCAAGUUCUUAAGAUCGCUAAAGGAUGACGACGAGUUCAACGUAUAUGUUUUGAGGGGAGGAUUCUUUGAGUGGCAAAGGGUUUAUGGUAAAGAUAAAUCGGUGACUUUAGAUUACGAUAGUAAUUAUUGGAAGUAUUAUUGA